GUAUACUGGAAAGUCGUAAAAUCAUAUACAGAAUCAGAAUUUGGGGCAAUGAUGCAAUCUCUUGACUCAAUGAACCCUCAAGCUGGAGCUUAUCUACGUGAUAUCGAAUUUGAGCGUUGGAGUAGAGCGUACUUUUCGGGGUAUCGUUACAACAUCAUGACCACUAAUAUUGUUGAGUCAUUUAACGCCCUUGUCAGACAUGCGCAAGGCCUACCCAUCACAAUGCUCCUAGAGUUCAUUCGUGGGACCAUGCAACGAUGGUUUUACGAGAGAAGAAACCAUGCAAACGAAUAUCCUAACUUUGUCACCCCUCAGGAGGAGAAGAAGAUCAGUAGUCGUCUAUCAAAGUCUACACGUUUGGAGGUUCGGCCAAUUACACAAACUCGAUAUCAGGUUGUCGGUUUUGGUGGAUUCAUGGGUAUUGUAAACUUCGGUAAAAUGUCCUGCAUAUGCAGAAAGUUUCAGUUUUCGCGUAUUCCGUACAAACAUGCCAUCGUUGUUGCACGACAUAUGAGGCUCAUGAAUGUCAAUGCAUGAGUUCAUCAAUUCUUUUGGACCGAUAUCUACCGUGCAAUAUAUCAAGAACCUGUCAAUCCUUUUGGAAAUCAAUCUGAUUGGUUGCACUCACCAGAAGGAAUGAUUAUUCUGCCCCCCUCCUCGAUAGUCGUCGUUUGGGUCGUCCCUCCAACAGAAAUCGACGUCCUUCGUAGGAAAAAAAUAUGACACCGAGGAUUUAUAGUCGUUGCCAUAACCAGGACACGUACGAACCCAAUAUAAAAGGCCAGCACCCGUGCCGACCUCUUAUCUAAAAAAGGCAAAGAGACAAGAUCUUGAAAUUCGGUGGAAUCAUUUUUGUUAGUUAUAUGAGUCAUCAUUGUUGUACUUCAGUUACAUG